AUGUCGCUAGCCCAAACAUCCUUUUUCUCGUUCUUCAUUUCACUUUUUCGUUUUUCCUUCAGGUCAGGAAAUACGGAAUAUCAAGAGCUUUGGGGGGUUAUCCUACUCGUCCCGUUCUAUCAGUCCCACACUCUUUAAAUUCAAUCCAAAUAUCCCGAUCUCCUGAAACCUAUUGGGCAGUGAGAAGAGAAAAACAUCACCAAUAAUGGCGACCCUACAGUCCAGAAUUUCGACCACUUCUCGCUCCCCUGCCGUGAUAAUCUCCUCCACUUCGCUCACAAUCUCCUACCCGACCCUACAGAGUCUUGUGUCCAGCUUCCAAAAGAACCUCGCGGCAAUCGGGAUCACUCCCCAUUCACCCGUGUCAAUCGCGCUCCCGAACAACCUCGAAUUCAUAGUUUCCUUCUUGGCGACGGCUGCCCAAAGAGGUAUCGCCGCACCGCUGAACCCUGCGUAUAAACAGGGUGAGUUUGAAUUCUUUAUCGAUGACGUUAAAAGUAAACUUGUUGUUGUUUCGAGGGGAGCGGUGAGUAAGGGUGCUCCAGAAGUUGAGGCUGCCAGGAAAUUUGGGGUUGCAAUUGCCGAAGCUUGGUGGGAUGACCGGGGAGGUGAGGUUUGCUUGGAGGUUUUGGAGAAAGGCGGAUUGAGGGGUGGGGCCAAGGUUGAGAGAGCGGAACCCGAAGACGUUGCGCUAGUUUUGCAUACUAGCGGGACUACGGGACGGCCUAAGGCUGUGAGUUCUUUAUUAAGAAAGCGGAGGGGACAGAAAGGAACUUAGGCUGAUUAACUUAGGUGCCUUUAACACAUAGAAAUUUAACUAGGACUAUGGGUAAGCCCAUUUGGUAUUUAUUUUGGUGAGUUCUGCUAAUCGAAUUUAGACAACAUUGUGCAAACGUACAAGCUUACCUGGGAGGAUAAAACCUAUUUAGUUAUGCCUUUGUGAGAAUCUCACUUUCGCCAUGAGUUAUGUGGGGUUUCUAGAGCUAAUUGAAGGCAUAUUCUAGAUUCCACGUGCACGGCCUUUUAGCGGGUUUGCUGCCCAAGCUCGUGCAGAGCCAUUUUGGAAUAUGGGCUAAAAGCUAACGCGAUCAGGCUUCCUUGCUCCUCUCCAGUCCGGAGGGACCGUAAUUGUACCGGUUAAGUUCUCUGCCGGCGAAUUCUGGAAGGAGUUUAUCAAGUUCGGAGCCAAUUGGUACACAGCUGUAAGGCCCUUGUAAAAGUUCUCUGUCAGGAACAAGCAUGAUCUAACCUUACCAGGUUCCCACAAUCCACCAGAUUCUUCUCAAGAGCCCCUUUCCAUCUCAGAUUCCUCCAAUCCGUUUUAUCAGAUCCUGCUCCUCCCCACUUUCGCCCACAACCUUCCACGCCCUUGAAGAGGCUUUUAAGGCACCAGUUCUGGAAGCCUAUGCUAUGACUGAGGCUGCUCAUCAAAUGACCUCAAAUCCCCUCCCUCCAGCCAAACGCAAACCGGGAACUGUCGGCCUCGGCCAAGGAGUCGAAGUCGCAAUUCUAGACGCAGAUGGCAAUGAAGUUCCUCACGGCAAGGAAGGCGAGAUCUCCAUUAAAGGCGUUAAUGUAACCAAAGGCUAUAUAAACAACGAAAAGGCCAACGCAGAAUCAUUCACUUCCACAGGUUUCUUUAGAACCGGAGAUCAGGGUAAGAAAGACGAAGACGGGUAUGUGAUCAUCACAGGGAGAAUCAAGGAAUUGAUCAAUCGCAGUGGUGAGAAGAUCAGUCCUAUUGAGGUUGAUAACGCCAUCAGUUCUCACCCCGCUGUCAGCGAAGCUGUAAGCUUCGCUAUCGACAGUGAGAUGUACGGACAAGAGGUUGGGGCUGCGGUGGUGCUCAAGAGCGGGAGGAUGGUUACUGAAGAGGUGUUGAGGAAGUAUGUUGGAGAGAAGCUAAGCAAGUUUAAGGUUCCAACCAGGAUCUGGUUUACGGAGCAUAUGCCUAAGACUGCGACCGGGAAGAUUCAGAGGAGAAUUGUGGCCGAAACUAUGCUUAAGGGGGAUCAGCCGAAGGCGAUGUUGUAGACUUGUACAUAGAGCACCAUAGCGAGAGCGUGGUACGGGUUUGUUUCCCAUUACUAGGUUGCGCUUCGGCACCUUGGUAGAGCGGGGGAAUACACAACAUGUAUGUUUGGCCGGUAUAAUUUGUGAAUUAUUAUGAGUUCUUGCAACGU